UCAGUCAAGUACUGCCAGUGCCAGCACAUCCAAAAUCAUGGAGGAAACAGCUCCAGCUCUUCAUUCAAGUGGAUCCACAGAUGUCGAGUGUCAUGCAUGCAUCGGAAUGAAGCGCAAAGCCGAACAGACCUGUAUGGAGUGUGAAGCUUCAUACUGUGAGCAUCAUCUUGUCAUGCAUAACAGUUUGCACGUGGGAAAGAGGCACAGGCUUGUGGAGCCAAAUGCAGUGUUGCAGGAGAACAUCUGCCCUGAUCAUGGCAAAAUGCUGUUGGUGUACUGCCGCACAGACCAGCUGUGCAUCUGUCACCUGUGCAUUACCGAUAAACACAGAGGUCAUGAUGUCAUCCCAGUGGAAGAGGAAGUGGCCAAUAAACAGAUUAAGCUGGGGGAGCUGGAGAAGCGGACCGCUGACAUAAUUGAAGCUAAGGAGAAGGAUCUGCAAGAGCUGAAACUAGCUGUAGAGAAUUUCAAGGCUUCAGCAAAUGAGGCACUGGAGAAGAAUGAGAAAAAUUUCACCGAGCUGAUCCAGUGUAUGAAAGACAAUCAGAGCAAAGUGACAGAGCUGAUCCAAGGACAGACAGUGUCUGCAGUGAAGGAAGCUGAGGGAUUCAUAAACACUCUACAGCAGGAGAUCAGUAAUAUGAGGUCCUCAGGUGCUGAUCUAAAACACCUGGAGCUGCUCUCUCAUACAAACAAUGAUGUUCGAUUUCUAGAGAGCACUGUGUCUCUGCCUUUGCUGACUGAGUAUAAAAAAACAUUUGUCUUCCUUGUGCAUCCAUACAAUUCUUUUGAGCGUGAUUCCAUGGAAGUUAGCGAACUAAUAGAAAAGCUAAACACGACCAGCAAGACGAGUUUAUUUACAAUUUCCAGAAAAGUGAGAAACACUAGAAUUGUAAGAUCACCUCCACCACAGACAAGAGAGGAGUUUCUGCAGUAUGCAUCAAAACUCACUUUUAAUACCAACUCAGCACAUGAAAGUCUCAUCUUGAGGAAUGAGAACAGGGAGGUGAUAGCCACGCACCUGCUUCAGAACUAUCCUGAACACACUCAGAGGUUUAACUGCAGGGCACAAAUCCUGUGCAAUGAAGGUCUCAGAGGGUCCCCUAAAUACUGGGAAGUAGAGAUUGGCGGGGGCACUUGGGUCUGCAUUGCUGUGUCCUACCAAGGGAUCCGUAGAAAAGGCAAGCAGCGUAUACUUUUAGGAAGAAAUGCUCAGUCGUGGGGACUACGCUGUGAAGGUGUCCAUGUAGAAUUUUGGCAUGACAAUAAGACAACAUUUUCGAAGUUUCAAUCACAUGGCUCCAAAAUAGGAGUGUAUUUGGACUACAGGGCUGGAAUCUUGGCAUUUUACAAUGUUUCUGACAACAUGAGUCUCAUUUAUAAGCACCAAACUAUUUUUAAAGAGCCUGUUUAUCCUGGGUUCGGACUGGCUGGGAAAGGUUCCUACGUGAAGCUUUGUGAUCCAGUGAAAAAUGAGACCAAAAUGUCCCUUUCUUCUCCAUUUAAUUUGGGUAGUUUGUAAGCUGUAGUGUUUCUUCAACAAAUAUGUAAUAGUUAAUCAGGAUUUGGAGGAAGGAUGUGGUUUUUGCAUGUAGACACUUGGUGGCAGCACUAUAUAAGUUUUAAAUUGAGCCUUUUUAAUGUCAGCAUCUGUAAUUAUGAACAGCUUAGGUUUAGCCAAGAAUAACCCAAGGAAGCAUAUCAAAGCAGUGCAUUUUGACUGAAAAAAGUCCAUGUUUUGUAUUGUAUGAAUCAUUACAUGAUUAUAUUGGAUUUUUAAUACUACUUUAUAUAAAACAUAGCAACAUGCAUAAUCCAUAUUUUUAAGAUUACCUGAAUGUCCUUAUGCUUAUUUGUAGCAAGCACUUACUCAUUUCAUAUCUGCUGAUCUGAAUGGAAAUCUGUCAUUCUAUCUAAUCCUUCGCCACAUCCACAUAUUACAUCUAUUCUGUUCCUGUUCCCACUGUGUCUAUAUUUUGUUUAGCAUUAGUCCAUCUCUUCUGUCAUACACCCUUCAGGCUGCACUCUUCCACUAUCCCAACAGUUAGACUUGCAUGGCCUUUUUUCUCCCUGAAACCACACAAAUGCACACACACACACACACACACACACACACACACACACACACACACACACACACACAUCUCAUUGAGUAGAAUUUAUACCGAGGUGAGGACCAGAGGGUUGGCACAAGGGACAACUCCAAAGCCUGUCACCUCCUGCCCUUCCCCCUGCCACCACCCUUCCAAACACAAAAUCAGCCUGGGGCAAGUGUAGGGCAGACACGGUUUCAACAGAGCAAACAGUGACAGAGCAACAGAGAGACGUGGGAAAUGUGUGUAGAGGGAAGGAUAGGCACUAAUAGCGAUUAUCAUAGAGAGGGAGAGAAAGUGUGCCUUGGCCCUCAGGGAGCCCAUUUACAGUUCCGUCCAAUCACAGACAUCAUUUGCAGCCUGUAUUAUCCUUUUAUGAGUGACAGGGAUUUUAAAAUACUCUAUUAUGAAAGAAACCAUUUCUCUCACUGCCAAGGACACUGACACUAGUCUCUAUAAAUACCCGUUUUUAAACACUGAAUCACUGUAUAGACUCAAAAUGCUAGUCACAAACACCUCCUAGCAAUUACCCAUCAGGCAGAUGCUGAGUUCUGUCACUUACUGCUAACAAGGUGCAUGACUGUCUUGAUGCUGUUGGAGUAAGUUGUAUAAUACACAGUUUAAUGCAUCCUCUUUAAUAGAGAGGUUUGGGUGAAUAUUAGAUUUUUUUAUAUAUUAUAUAUAUAUAUAUAUAUUUUUUUUAAUUUUAUUAGCCCUAUAGUCUUUAGUUGCUAGUUAGUUGCAAGUUGUCUUGGGGGAGGGACUUACUCAUUCUAGGGAGCAUUUGAUUGUACAAUAAUUUGUCUAGUGCAGGGUGAGUCAUUAGUAUUUUUGGUCUGUUUUCCCAGAGAAAGACUGUAAAUGUGUUCGGCGUAUAUGCUAAAAGUGAAUUUUGUCAAUAUUUAAGAGCACACUAACAUAUUUAUUAGCCUCAAAGUUUAUCCCCUAAAAAAAAAAAAAAAAAAAAAUUACUUGUGCAUACUUUUAAGAGAAUAUAAAGUAUAGACAGAAAGUAAUAUUUUAAAUGUAUUUAAAUAUAUUUGU